GACCAGGGCAUGGUUCUCGCGACGUCGCAUUCACAGGCGGCAUGUCCCGCGCGUGCGUGCGCAAGUGUGCUCUCACGACUGGACAGGACGCCUGGUCGGCAGCAAGCCGAGCAGCCAAGACAGGCAGUGCCGCAAGGGAGGAUAUCCGAGUCUCAGAGAAGCGCAAGGAGCAGGGCUGGUGCCAGUCUGCUGUGACAGCGCUGGACGGGAGGAGCUUUGUCAGUGUGAAGGCCUCAAAUUGUUCGCAGGGGCAGCCCAAGCUCGUUGGCGGAUAUCGAACUGGCUGGGUCGAGAAUCUAGUCUUGCCUCACAUCACGACCAUCGACGUCGUCGCCGCCGAGCCUAUGGGAAUUGCACAGAUGUCAGAGAAACUUGCACUAGGCCCAGCUCGCUGUAGUGGCUCGGUGCCAUCACUUCCCGAGCUAGUUGAUCAUAGGCUGGUUUCAGAGCUGGUGUUUUGCAAGGAAGGGACGCAGGAUGCCAGGAAACACCUGGAUGUGCUAGAGUCCAUCUGGCUAGCUGCCGCCUGCGAGCAGAUCUCUGUCCUUAAAUCGCUACAGGGCCUGAAUCGUCUCUGCAUCUGCUUGUGGAUCGACCCUGCCCGCGCUCUCCUCUCGCAAUGCAGGCCUCCGAGUAGUGACGUGGGUGCCACACCGUGGUUCUCGCUGGCAUUCGUCGUUGGCAGUGCUCUGCGUACCACGGGGAGCUCCUCCGUAGUUUGGCGCUGGCGCUGGCCCGACACCACAGAGUCUGAGCACAAGCACCGCGUCCGCAAAAACCACUGUAAUCCAGGACCGUGGGCGCCGCGCCGGACUUCAGCCCCGUGCACUGCACAUGCCGCCGACCAAGCAAGCACGCACGUCCAACGACAUCGACAGCAGGGCGAGACAGCAACACCAGAGGCCGGCGAGGAAGGCGACCUGCUCUCGAAGAAGGCUAAUAUAAACACGUCCUGGAGCUACCUCGUGACGACAAGUGCGUCAACCAAGACACGGACCAAGAAACAGCCAGGACUCGACAAAUCCGCUUUCAAGGUCGAACAUGUGCCGAGAGACGUAAAGCGACGUUUCCCGCAGCAGGCAUUGCAACACUUACCAAGACCAAGACAAGGCAACAUCCUCGUCAAAAUGGCGACACCUACAACCGUCAUGGGCAUGCUGGGCCACCAGAACAACCUGGACGAGACCAGCACCGGCUGGAACAACCCCACGACCAUCCGCGGACUGACAAUCAGUCUCAUGCUGCUGUCGUCGUUGUGCGUGGGCUUCCGGCUGUACACGCGCUUCUUCAUCGUGCGAAUGCCCGGGUGGGAUGACCUGUGUGUUAUGCUGUUCAUCCUCACAGGCCACCUGGGCAGCAUCACUGUCUGCGUCUCCGUCAACCACGGCCUGGGCCAGCACUUCCUGCUCAUUGCCCCCGCGGAGGCGGACAAGUGGCUCAAGACGUUUUACAUCUGCAACGGCAGCUACCAGCUGUCGUCGUUGCUCGUCAAGCUCUCGCUGCUGCUCCAGUACCUGCGGCUGUACGAGACUGGCCGGAUGCGGCUCUUCACAAAGGCCAUGUUCUGCGUCGUGCUCGCCUGGGGCCUCGUCUUUGCCUCACUGGCGUGGAUCCCGUGCAACCCCGUCAGCGACUACUGGACCUGGGGCCGCGAGCGCAACUGCUGGGGGUUUGGGGCCGACAACCUCGAGCACUUUGUGGCCACGUACACGACGCAGGCGGCGUCCAACAUGUUCUUCGACAUUGUGGUGCUCUGCAUCCCGCUGCCAAAGUACUUCAGCAAGGACAUUAACCGGCAGACGCGCGGGGGCCUGGCGGGCCUGUUCGCACUCGGGGCGCUCGUCAUCGGGGCGUCCAUCUGGCGGUUCGGGGACAUGGUGGCGCACCGGGCGACGACGUGGCCGACGUUUGACCCGACGUGGUACGGGAGCAGCGCCAUCUGCCUGGGCAUCAUCGAGGUCAACCUGGCCAUCAUCUGCGCGUCGAUCCCCGUCUUCUGGCCCACCCUGAGCAAGGCCCUGAUGGGCACCAUCUUUGUGACCCAGGAGGUCAAGAUCACGCGGCACAUGCGCUACUCGACUGACGCCGAGCGCGACGACGAGAUUGAGCUGCAGCGGUCAAAGUCUGGCGGCACCGAACAUCAAAGUCCGCCCAGCAUCACCACGCGCAGCAGCCACCGCCGCGGCAGCAAGCAUCACCAUCAACACCACCACGGGGACAACAGCUCACGGCGGAGCAUCAUCAGCCGGACUGGCAGCGAGGCGAGCCAGGAGGAGGACCGCGAGGCGGCGGCCGAGAUGGCCGAGAAGGGCAGCGUCAUGAGCGCGACGGUCGUGCACUACAUGGACGACUAUGUCAUGGCGCAGGUCGACCCGCUGCAGAGCGCAAAGACGCCCUUUGCCCAUGUCGUUGGGGCGAGGUCGGAGCGCGAUCCAAAGCGGAGAGGGUCCUCGCCGAGGUUGACAUGACGUACUGGGCCAUUUCUGCUUAUAGUUGUAAUACAUUUAAUUCAUUCUACAUGAAGCUUGGUUGUGAACCAC